GGGGAGUUUAUUUGCUUUAUAUAUAUGUAUAUAUACCUUUUUAUUACUAUUUACUUACCUCCUCAAAUCUAUCAUAUAAAAUAAUUUUGUAUAUAGAAUAGAUAGUCAUUUGCAAUGGCUUUUCCAAGAAAUGCAUUUCAUAAAGUGGCAUUUCUUUGCAAUCACACCACAUUGAAUGUGUUUUUGGUAAGAAGUCAGUUAAAUUGCCUCUGUCCAGUGGUUAUACCCUACAGAGGAAAAGCUAAAAGAUCAUCAAAAUUCCCAAAAGAAGAUGGUGUUACAAGAAUUGAAGAGCUGGCAAAAAAAUUUAACCCUCCUCCAUCAAAUAAAGAGCAGGAAGAUUUGCCUAACGAUUCUGGAUUUAAGCUGGACAGCACAGGUGAAAUAUUUAGCAGCUAUGUGCCUGUUGAAAAUAAAGCAUUCAUAUUAUCUAUAAAGGGUUUAGGCCAAAGAUGGGAGGCCUUGAAGGCCUUUGUCAUGACAACCUAUGCAAUUGCUAUGAUAAAAAGGAAGGCCAAACCAUUCAAAGCUGUUGAUUUUGCAAAAACAGCUCAAAAGAAAUUCAUAGAUGUAAAUAAUGCUAUACAACAAGAAAAUGCUGAAUUAGCUAAAAUAGCUAUGAAAGAUCAUGCUACCUUGAUGGUGAUCAAGGGUCUUUCAAAUCAAUUCUUAAAUCCUUCGAGGAAAGUUCACUGGCGUUUUAUUCAAGAGAUUGAAAGACCAAGGGUCGUGCAUGGAAGAAUCACAGCGGUGUAUGAUAAAGAUAAUCUGUAUGCACAAAUUACAGUGAGAAUGCACACUGAACAGAUACUGGCGGUAAAAGAUAGAUACAAUCGUGUGAUAAAAGGUGAUCCACAAAAAUCUAAGAAAGUUAUCGAUUAUGUUGUUUUUGAAAGACAUCUGGCUGACCCGUAUGGUAAAUGGAGAGUGUGCGGAAAGUUAUUUGUAUAAAUGUUUCUUAAUGAAAAAGAAUAUAAUUAUUUUUAAUA